CAUCUCUGCACCUUUAUGUCAGGUUAACACCUUAGCUUGCAGCCAGACCGAGAUGAGUAUCCCAUUCAGAUCCCGUAAUCGUGCUCCUCCCCCUUUGCCGCCGCGCAAACCAUCCAACCUGCGAUCGACACAUGACAGUCGGCGAGCCAAAUAUAUUUGUAGCUGCGGAGCCAACAACAAGGCCAAUGCCUGCACAUGCACCACCUGCCAAAGUCUCCUGCGGAACCACGACUCCCCAUGCGUCUACCAAGGCCGUUGCGUAGAGCCACUUGCGUGGCACAUUGAGCAUGAACCAGUGUUGAACCAGGCACAUUGUCCGCUCUACUCUGUGAUUCCAAAGGAGCUGCGUGACUUGAUUUUUAUGUAUGCCUUAACUGACUCAAAGGCUCACUCGUUCGAGAGCAUCGUACACCGAAAUGCUAGGCGAUUCCGGAUGCGAAUGAUUGGAACUCGACGCAACGACAUCGCAACUGACCUGCUCCUCACAUGUCGAGCCGUCUAUCACGAGACAUGGAUGCUUCCACUUUCACUCAACCCUUACAUCUUGUACAGUCUGGGAGAGCAUCACCGUAUACCCUACGAACCGAGAGGACUACCAUAUCCAUGGCAGGUGGCGCUUAUCCAGAGCUUGGAUAUCACAGUUCAACAAUAUUUACUUGAAGGCAAGGCACCGGGUUUCCCAAAUUCGUUGCAGAAUAAUCUCCACGGCCCAUCAGGCUGGCAGCCAGAAGCGCGGCAUCGAGGCAUAUACGUGGCUCCGGGAAAUUUCAGGCACGAAAUCGUGGGGUCAACGGAAAAUUUGGCAAGCCUCUCGAUGCUCAAACCCUGCUUCAAAAGCUUCUGCUGCGUCCCCUCAGAGGAGGGACUGGACCGACACUUCCUUUCGCACCUGCUGGGCAAGGCUACCAUUGAAUCAAGAGGCAUUUCUGGUCUCCACCUGCCGUGGUCUUCCGCUAUGCGGGUUGCUCAAGCUCGGCCUAUUGUCCACCUCACACUGCGCAUCGAAUCCUCGGACUGGUGGGCUUGGACCGAUUCACCAACGAGCACUGAUCCCACGCAUCACCUCGGUCUUGAUCCGAACGUCGGUGAUGGUAUUCUCGCCAGACGACCCACGGCAGCACUCAUGCGUGAGCUCGCGAACAGACGUCGCUCGGGAAACCAUCCACCCACUUUUGCAGACGAGGACCCUGACCGAAGUCCAGGGUGGGCGGCGACAAUCGGACGAAUGCCUGAUUUGAAAUGUCUGGAGCUGGUCCUGGAAACCUUUACGGAGAAACGAGCGCAGCUGGAGCAGGUUGUCGAAGCUGCGAAGACGUGGAGGUUUCCUAUCAAGAAUGCAUCCUAUGAGUUGAUCUGGGAUGGACACGUGGAUCAUAGUGGCUGGAGUUUGGGGGAUAGUCGGCCAGAAGUUCCCAACGAGGAGUGGCACCGCAGGAGCAAUGCCUUCGACGUUCGGAUCAUACGCUUCACAAGGAAGAGGACUGCGUGAGACUUAAAUAGGUGACGGCAGAUGCGCUGGCUGUCAUACCUUCUGGAGAAAUCGAAGGUCCGAAACGCCAUGCGGGUUGAUUGCCUGAUACCGUAUACCAAAUGUAUCCAAUCAUAGGGGUUGACAGAAAAACCUGGACUUUGUGGCCAGAAAAUGCAGGGAUCAACUAUUAGACAACAGUCUUGUGACUGUUUUGUACAGUAAGGUCUUACGGACAAGAUGAGCCAAACUCCAAAUUUUUGUGUCAGCCACGGUGAACCCGGGCGCGAGAUGAUGUCGUUGGUGUUGGUGCCUGCCUAAGCUUUGCGCCAGUUGCCCCACCAAAGUUUCCUAGCUCCAUCAUCCCGCAUUACAUAGCAAACAGUGCGGCGUUCUGAUCAACUCCUACACCAUAAGUUUUGUACCUCCCCUACUCCCCUCUUUC